GAAAGAGCACUUCCCCUUACACAGCCGAAGAGGAGGCGAAAGCUGCCGCCAUCCUGAAAGAAAGAAGAGAGAAGGAGGCCAAGAAGAAGGCCCUGAUAGAAGAACAAGCGGCGAAGUUGAAGAAGAUUGAGGAGGAGAUGGCCAGAGAGAAGGAGAGGUUGAAGAAAGAAGAAGAAGAGAAGCUUAAAGUGGCGGAAGAGGAGGAAGAGGUAGAAGAAGAGCCACUGGAAAGGAGAAGAAGAGAGCAAAGGGGGGAACCCAGUGGGACCAAAGAUGAUAAGUUAGAGAAAAGAUCACAGAGUGGGUGGCAAAUUUAUCCCUGGGAGAAGAGGAAGAAGCACUGAUGUAUGUGCCCAGGGACGAACAGGAGGCGGCCUUGAAAGAGUGGGAGGUGGAAGAAGUGAAGAAGCAGAGGGACCAGAUGGCGACGCAGGUUGAUUUGCUGGGGAAGAUGGAAAUCAUGGCAAAGAAUAUCGAACGCCUGACAGCGGUUCAGGAGGAGCAAUACCAAUUUAUUAGAAGUCAAGAUAUUGCUUUGCGUUUGAUACGGCUGGGAUUUAGGGAGUUCGCAAGGGAGUUAGUGGUACAUGUGGGAUCUGAGGUGAAAGCCUGCCUAGAUAACACAGAGAGUUAUUGCACAGGCGCCAUAGAGGGCGCCAAGUUGGCCGCACCCAAGGAGGAAGUGGCGCGUCCCCUUAGAGAGUCUGUGAAGGUUAAGUUCCCCGACUCCUACAGCGGAAAGGAGGAGAACUUUGAUAAUUGGGAAGCCAACAUUAAGACAGCGCUGAAGAAGCUGAGGCUAGGGUUGAAAGUCCAGAAGUUGGAAGACCCCAUAGUGAGUGUCCUCGCAGACAACCGCACUAUGCGUGUUGAGGACUAUGUAGAGGGAGUCCAGGCGUAUUUCCGCCUAGAGAAAGAUGGGAAGGUGGAGAAAGUUCUCCAUUCCCUGACUCUCCUCGUACAGGACGACCUUCCCUUCGAUAUAGUCCUAGGUAUGGACUGGGGAGAGGCAGCAGGGGCCACACUCCACCUACGAGAGCAUGAGUGUAGGCUCCCUAGUCCGACAGGCGAGGUUAAGACUGCCCGUCUGUUCCAUGCGUCAGGUGUAGACAAUACCCUGGCACAUUGCUGUCUCAGUGCUCCUGCGUUCGCGCGACUAAUGAAAAAGGAGAAAUUAGAGGAGCAGGUCUUCGUAGCUUACGUAAGGCCUGUCACUGAGCCUAAGGAGGAGAAGCCCAUUGACCCAGCUAUUGCCAAGCUGUUGGAAGAGUUCAAGGACUUAGCAAAGCCGCCAACAGGAGUAGUACCGCGGCCAAUCCAGGAUCGUAUAGAGAUAGAGCCUGGCAGUUGGACUCCCAAAGGAGCAGUGUACAGGAUGUCCCCACGGGAGUUGGAAGAGGUGCGUAAGCAACUAGACGAGCUUCUAGAGAAGGGUUGGAUUAGGCCCAGUUCAUGUCCUUUUGGAGCACCAGUUUUGUUUGUCCUCAAAAAGGAGGGAGAGCUUAGAAUGUGCAUUGACUAUAGGGGUCUCAAUGCUAUCCCAGUGAAGAAUGCAGAGCCAUUGCCGCGUAUAGAUGAUCUUUUAGAUCGGGUGCAGGGAUGCAAGUAUUUUUCGAAGAUAGAUUUGAAGUCCGGAUAUCAUCAGAUAGAGGUUUAUCCUGAUGACCAGUAUAAGACCGCAUUCCGGACUAGGUAUGGGCACUACGAGUUUAUAUGCCUCACGCCAGAGGAGAAGGGUAAGAUGGUAAAACUUCUACAUGGAGGACAAGCAGGAGCGGAAUACAACGACCUGAUGGAGGAUGAGCAGCAGGAGCAUGUGCAUGGAGGAGGGACCAAAUCCAUGGAAGAGAGGAGGGUGAUAAACUCGCGAGAAGAGGUGCAAUUUAAGGGUUUUGUGGGAUCGUCAUCCACAGAGGAGAAUGACCCAGCUUUGCCACGUCUUCAUGAGCCAGCUGAUGGAAAUGUAAAACUGCCAUGCCUGGACAACCAGCAAUAUCCAGAGGGUCUGUGAGGCUGACGCGUGAGCUUCGGCCUACUGAUAGGCAAAACCAAUUGCCCACAGUGAACUAUUGCGAUGGAUUGCUCUCAUUGACACCCAAUGGACAAGCCACUGCUUCCUUGGCCACGAGAAAGCAUGAAACCUCGGGGAGGUUGAAAUCCUCGUUGUGGGUGUCCAUCUGAUGGUGGACAAACCUGGAUAUUACUGGACUCACUAUAGGUUUGCAGAAGCUGAGGGGCAAGGUGAUGCAAGACCGUUGGCCAUGGAGAAGC